AUGCACUGUCUAUGCCGAGAAAGGCCGCUCACGGCGUGGCACGAUGUGCUGGGUUCCGUGCCUAAUCUGCUUGUAUUAUUCUAUUCCGCCCAUACACGGUUUCAAAGGGGAUACGACAGGUUAGGGAAUCGUCAUGGACUGGAUCCCACUCGGCUGCUGUGCUUGUAUACUCCAAAGAUGGCAGUGCCUGGCAUAGCGUACUGUACAACUACGACAUUUACGCGCGUCUAUUGUACUACCAACAACCAGACUACUACAACGAUCCGGAAUCACUAA